UGAUCGCAUCUGUGCGCAGAGCGGAGAAGAGAAGACCAGCUCUUGCAGAACUCGAGACCACUAUGAGUUUUUCGUUUGAUGAUUUCCUUUCAGCUGGGCAGAUUUUGCUCUUAUGUUGUGUAGUCUGCGUUUUCCUGACAGGAAAAGCAAUAUGGCAAAAUUCUUUUUCCAAGUUGCCCCCAGGUCCUUGGGGCAUGCCAGUUAUAGGUGCUUGUUUCCGUUUGGGAAAAAAUCCCCAUAUUGAGUUCACCAAGAUGGCGCAGCAAUACAUCUCCUUGGUAAGAUGUUUAUGAAGAACAAAGAGACCUACACCGAUGGGCACGUUCGCAACAUCGCCGACAGUUUCAUCGAUACGGUCGAGAAAGAAACAAUGAAAGACAAAGAGAACAGUUCGAGUAGUCAGAACACACUUAACAUGGCUCCCCUACUCAGUGAUGAGCAGAUUGUCCAGGGCAUGGCAGAUCUCUUCGGCGGCGGGUUCGACACGUCGUCAACAACUCUUAACUGGGCCCUAGCGUACCUGAUCAAGUAUCCCGACAUCCAGCGCCGACUCCAAGACGAACUAGACCGAGUGGUUGGGAGAGAACGCUUUCCUGUUCUUGAAGACUUGGCCUCACUUCCCCUCCUCCAAGCUACAAUCUACGAACUUAUGAGGAUAACAUGCCUUGCUCCUCUUUCAGUGCCCCGUUCAACGACCACAGAGACGAAAUUUCGCGACUUCGUCAUCCCAAAAGACACGAUGGUCUUUGUUAACUUGUGGUCCGUGCACCGUAAUUCAGAAAUCUGGAAAGAUCCGCAUGUUUUUAAUCCAUGGCGCUUCCUGAACGGUGCUGGAGAGCUGAUCGAUCCAAAGUCCUUUGGAGGCUUCCUACCAUUCUCUGCUGGUCGUCGAAAAUGUCCUGGUGAGCCUCUAGCCACGAAAACAAUCCCUGUUUUCCUUGCAACGCUAAUUCAUCACUUCCGAUUUUCACAGGAAGGUUUGCCGGAAGAGUGUCAAGGCAUUAAUCUUGAGGGCAAUUGUGCUCUCACCCUAACGCCAGACAAGUUUUACGUGCGUAUCGAGGAGCGAAUGUAAAUAAACUCUAUAAUCGAAGGAACUACAAUUUAACUGAUCUCAGCAACAUUAUUCAAAAAUCAUAAAAUUUAUGAAAACUAGAAAGGGACAUGCAACCACUGGAAAAGCUAAUUAGCAUCAGAGUUUAUUAAACGCGACAGAUCUUUACAGCUGGUAUAAACUUGUGUUAUACACUUUGAGAUGACUUCAUAGGUUGAAAUCGUCAUUCGAAAUAAGUGUAAUUCGUACUUCACUAUUUUUUAUGUAAAACGCAUAAUAAUCAUAUUAUUUGUAUAAUCUAUUGAUUCGAUAUUGAUACACUAAUCGCCAUUUCGCUUGAGCAUAUUUAGUUGAGAUUGAGUCGUACAUUGCGACAGGUUUUCACGUGUCUUAUCCAGAGAGAAAAGUCAUGCGCAUGUACGAAACCACUAGAUCGAACUUGAGACACAACUAUGUACAUAUUGAUUAAACUUAAACUUUUUCAUCAAA